GUCAUGUGAUCAGCGGCUACUACAAGUCAUGUGACCAGACGGAAGUCAGCAAGCAAAACACCAGAGAGACUGAGUACCGGCUGCUAACGAUGCCAAUGUGUCGGUCUAUCUGUAUUUAACUGGUACCAGUAGGAUACACGCUGGAAAUGGUUUAUGUCAUAACCUUUUUGUUGCACUUUCCGAAGAUGGUAGUUUCUCACGAGAGAAUCUGACUGCAGCGCUUCAGGACGCGGACUGAGCCAGAGCAGCGUGGACCCUGAGUAGCGGUGAGGCAGCGAGCAGAGGGGGUGUACAGAGAUCGCCUCCAGCCUACUCAUGGCUUCCAAUGACGGCAGCACUGGCCGAGGCUCUACACCCUCCAGUACAGCAGGGUCCCCCACUGAGGAAACUGCCCUGUCGCCUACCCACGCCCCUGGUCCAUCCAGAUCCCAGUCUUCAUAUGAGCGAAUCGGAGGCCAGGGAGGCUCUUCCUUCCUUCAGACCCUCAUCCAUCUCCUGAAGGGUAACAUUGGCACUGGGCUGCUGGGCCUGCCCCUGGCGGUCAGGAACGCCGGCCUCGUGCUGGGCCCUUUGAGUCUCCUCGUCAUGGGUGUGGUAGCUGUCCACUGCAUGCACAUCUUGGUCAAAUGCUCCCACCAUCUCAGUGGCAGGUUGAGCAAGCCGUACUUGGAUUAUGGGGAAGCCUUCCAGUUUGGCAUGGAGAAUGUGUCCUUCCUGCGUAGCCGAUCCAUCUGGGGGAGGCGGGUGGUAAAUCUGUUCCUGAUCGUCACCCAGCUGGGCUUUUGCUGUGUCUACUUCGUGUUCCUCAGUGACAACAUCAAGCAGGUCGUGGAGGCAGCGAACUCCACAACUAUGAACUGCCAGAACAACCAGACAUCAGUGCUGGUGCCCAGCUUUGACUCCCGCCUCUACAUGCUCUGCCUGCUUCCGUUCAUCAUCCUGCUGGUCUUCACUCGCAACCUCAAGUAUCUGGCGCCCCUGUCCCUCUUGGCCAAUUUGGUCAUGUGUGUCAGUCUGGUUUUGAUCUACGUUUAUUCUAUAAUGAACAUCAAGUACCCGAUUUCGCUGCCAUACUUUGGAAAUGCCCGGGACUAUUCUCUCUUCUUCGGAACGGCGAUAUUUGCCUUUGAAGGCAUCGGAGUGGUCCUUCCGCUGGAGAACAAGAUGCAGAAGCCUCAGCACUUCAACACUGUGCUCUACCUGGGCAUGUUCAUCGUGACGUUCCUCUACAUCAGCCUGGGCACCGUGGGCUACGUGUGCUUUGGCAAUGCCAUCGGCGGGAGCAUCACCCUCAACCUGCCCAGCUGCUGGCUAUACCAGGCGGUGAAGCUCCUCUACAGUUUCGGCAUUUUCAUCACCUACGCCCUGCAGUUCUACGUCGCGGCUGAGAUCUUGGUGCCCGAGGCAGUCGGCCGCAUGCCGGCCCGAUUCGGCCUCGCCGUGGACCUUGCCGCUCGGACGCUCAUGGUCGUCUUCACCUGCGUGCUGGCCAUCCUGAUCCCGGAGCUCGACCUGGUCAUCUCUCUGGUAGGAUCCGUCAGCAGCAGCUUCCUGGCUCUCAUCUUCCCACCCGUGCUGCAGAUCUUCACCUACCACAACGAGGGCCUCCCCGCCUGGGUCGUGGCCAAGAACGGCCUGAUCACCCUCUUCGGCCUGGUGGGCUUUGUGGCUGGGACCUACAUCACCAUCGAGGAGAUCGUCAUCCGUAACGGGAGCCGGUCCAACUCCACCGUGCUGCACUAUCCCUGAGGGCGUGGCUGUGCUGGGCUGUGCUGUGCUGUGCUGGGCUGUGCACACGCCACUUUCACACAUGUACGACAGCCAUCUCCAUCAGCGGCAGCUGGAUUUCAGUCAAUGCUGUUUUUUGUGCACUUGUCUCAAUUUUUGUUUCUUAAUUUGCCAAAAAAAAAGAAGAAAUCCGGUGACGUUUAUUAUGGGGAAAUUAUAGUGGACUUUCUGUUGACUGGCACUUUCAGCAUCUCCACUCUGUAUGAAAAAAAAGAUUAAAAUGUGGUUGUGCUUGGUUUUUAAUGUCGAGACUGAUUUUAUUAGAGAUGAAUAUAGAUGCAGGUGUCCAUGUUGGACAGCCUUGGUCUGGUGGUCUAACAGAAACCCCAGCCAGGAUAAAGAGUAACACCUUUGGCUCUGCCACGUCACAGACUUGUCAUGAUGUCUCCUAGCAACCACUAUACGCUUAUAACAGGUACUGUACUGUACAUGACCUUCAGAACUCAAGGUCAGCAGUUCAAGUCCCUGGUGUAACCUUCUGUGUGGCACUUAAGGGUAAAAUCACUAUAAUGUUUUUUUUCCAGUAAAAUAUCGAGCUGUGUAAGUCCUGUUGACCACUUUGAAUAGCAACUUCUGUUAGACCAUUGAAAAAGUAUCAGCUUUUAUGAGAAUAAAAGGGAAAAAAAAAAUAGCUGGGUUGAGUAAAAUAUCUUUAAAAUGGCAUAUUUGUCUGCAGUGAUAACCUGGUGUCAAUCACCUUCGAAUUACAAUGUGCACAGUGAGAAGACGCCAUCAGCACAGAUUGUGUCCCCAGGGCCCAUCACAUCAUAUAUGCACUCUAGUCCCUGUCUCUCCAUCGCCGCCCUUGAGGAUGGAUAAGAGACAGCAGGGAGGCAGUAGAUUAGGACCAAUUGACAUCAGAGUGCAAAAUAGCAAAUUAAUGGUGUUAACUGGAUAUUUGCUUCAUCAACUGGAUAUCAGAUAUCAGGGUUUUCAUGGAAUUAUUUUCAACAUUUUAGAGUACCUUUAUAUUCAGUACUUAGUACUAUUUCUCUAGUAUUAUAAGAUGUAUUAGGGUUAAAUCCUGAUGGGCUUGGUGUAACCUAAAAGAUACGAAGUGGGGGAUGUAGUUGUGGUGUUUCAGUGUUGCUAAUGUGCUAAUUUCAUGUAGCAAAUACGCCAAGUUUCCCGAUGGUUUCGGCUGUAUAUAUGUAUGACCAGAUUUAGUUCUUCAGCUCUAUAUAAUUUGUGUACGACCACUUGGCUGAAACAGGAAAACCUUCUUCAUCUUUAUAUAUAUAAUUCAUGGGCUUUUGCGUAAAGUAGACUGUAAAUGUUCCCUCGUCUCCUAUCUAUGGUUCACCUACGCUGAAUUAUGCAUCAGGUAUCGGACUUGAAAUGCUCAGUUCCAUUUAACGUGUUGACAGGAUCAACCUCUCGGUGAUGUACAUUUUGCACUUGAUUAUUUUUCUUUGCUGAUUAGCAAGUUGAUCACUUUCAUGAGUUUAUAAGUGUAAUUAUUUAGUCGCUAUAUUUUUGCAAUUGCCAUUAAGUUAAAAAUUCAUCUAUUUUAAUUUUUUUUUUUUAAUUUAUGUUGUAUUUUUCUAUAUAUCCAUAUAUCUCAGAACCACUUAACCUGGAAAGGGUCUCGGGGAUAUUGUGUUGCUCUUUUAUGUGAAAUCUCUGUGCUUACACGGAAAUUUGGAUAGCAUUGUUGACCAUCCACUAAUGCCAAGUGUUCGAACAUUAGUCGGAUAAGCAUGUCUUCUCCCUGUUGCUUGCCUACACCAGCCACCAACCCGCUUGCAUGGUUUCUGUACGCCACUGUCAUCCUACUCUGUACGCCACAAAACGGGUCAAAAAUAAGCACUAUGUCGGCCGCUGAUCCCUCACUCUUCCUCCCCCUCUUUAUGCACAUUUGGUGGAGCAAAAGUAGGAAUCAAAUACUGUAAAUGUCUUUUUAAUCUGUAAAAGAACAGAUGAGGGACCAGUUGUUUGCUGACCAUCACAAUCUGCUUCAUUGCACAUUGAGAGAUGCUUUGAGGAUUUUGGUGCUGCGAUAUCUUCUGCUACAAGUUUUAUGUUUCAGAAGAAAUCCUCUAAAUGAAAUACUAUUUUGAUUGAUGUGAUGGAAAGUGUCCACACCUGUGUUUUAGUUUUUUUUAAUUUUAUUUGGCUGUGUUCUGUGUAUGAUUACUUUUGUUAUUCCAUAACACGUUUGUUUUUAUUUACAAUCAAAAAUAAAUUUCUUGGGGAAGAAAAGAGACGUUGAGCUUAAA